GCCUCUCGGCUCUACGCUCGGGAGUCCCGGGACAGCUGAGGGGCUCCCUGGGGUACGGGACAGAGCCGCAGGGGCGGGCCAGCAGCACUCGGGGUGUCGGGGCCGCGGGUCUGAGGGAUGCGGAGGGGCCAUGGCCAGCGACGGGACCAGGAAGCAGUUCUGGAAGCGCAGCAACAGCAAGGUCCCGGGCAGCAUCCGGCACGUGUAUGGCGCCCAGCACCCCCCUUUUGACCCACUGUUGCACGGCACUUUGCUCAAGGCCGCGCCCAAGGCGCCCGCCACGCCCGUGAAGGCCAAGAGAGUCAGCACCUUCCAGGAGUUCGAGAGCAACACCAGUGACGCCUGGGACGCCGGCGCGGACGAUGACGAGCUGCUUGCCAUGGCGGCCGAGAGCCUGAACUCCGAGGUGGUCAUGGAGACGGCCCGCCGUGUCCUGCGCAGCCACAGCCAGCGGCAGGAGCCACCCCCUGCCCCCGGCGGGGACCUCCGGCUGGUCAAGUCUGUCAGCGAGAGCCACACGUCCUGCCCUGCAGAAGCUGCCGGUGGCACUGCCCCGCUGCAGAGGUCCCAGUCUCUCCCCCACUCGGCGACGGCUGCAACCGGCGGUACGUCGGACCCCGGCACCCUCAGCAGCUCGGCGCUAAGCGAGAGAGAGGCCUCCCGGCUGGACAAGUUCAAGCAGCUCCUCGCCGGCCCCAACACCGACCUCGAGGAGCUGCGGAAGCUGAGCUGGUCUGGGAUCCCUAAGCCGGUUCGUCCGAUUACGUGGAAGCUCCUCUCAGGCUACCUUCCUGCCAACGCCGAGCGGAGGCCGGCCACGCUCCGAAGGAAGCAGAAGGAGUACUUCGCCUUCGUGGAGCACUACUACGACGCCCGGAACGGCGACGUGCACCGGGACACGUACAGGCAGAUCCACAUAGACAUCCCGCGGAUGACUCCCGAAGCGCUGGUACUUCAACCCAAAGUGACGGAGAUUUUUGAACGGAUAUUGUUUAUAUGGGCCAUACGCCACCCUGCCAGUGGAUACGUUCAGGGCAUCAACGACCUGGUCACCCCUUUCUUCGUGGUCUUCAUCUGCGAACACACGGAGGAGGAGGACGUGGACGUCGCCGACGUGUCCCGCGUGCCCACGGACGUGCUGCGCAACGUGGAGGCCGACACCUACUGGUGCAUGAGCCGGCUGCUGGACGGCAUCCAGGACAACUACACCUUUGCCCAGCCGGGGAUCCAGAUGAAAGUGAAGAUGCUGGAAGAGCUUGUCAGCCGGAUCGAUGAACAAGUGCACCAGCACCUGGAGCAGCACGAGGUGCGGUACCUGCAGUUCGCCUUCCGCUGGAUGAACAACCUGCUGAUGCGAGAGCUGCCGCUGCGCUGCACCGUCCGCCUGUGGGACACCUACCAGUCUGAGCCCGCGGGCUUCUCUCAUUUCCACCUGUACGUCUGCGCUGCUUUUCUCGUGAGAUGGAGGAAACAGAUACUAGAAGAACGAGAUUUUCAGGAGCUGCUGCUCUUCCUGCAGAACCUGCCCACGGCCGGCUGGGGCGACGAGGACAUCAGCCUGCUGCUGGCGGAGGCCUAUCGCCUGAAGUUCGCCUUCGCUGACGCCCCCAACCACUACAAGAGAUGAGCGUGGGCCCCAGCCGCAGGCCCCGCGCCCAGGACAGCGCCCGCCCCGCCGGCUGGCUGCGCGAGACGCCUCGAUGGACGGCCCGCCCGAUGGGGUGUCUGCCUGGAGCGCGCCAGGCGCAGCCUGCGGCCUGGCCAGGGCGGGCUGCCUGUUUUCGGAGAUACCAAAGAGAGCCGGGGCGGGGCCCGGCCGUUGGGACCCCUCCCGUGUCCCGGAGCUUCCUUGCCAAACGCUGGUCUCCGGAGACACCCGGUGCGGGGGCCCCUCCUGGAGAGGCCCACACCUGGGGCCGGGCAGAGGGAGAGGACGCCCGCCUCGCACCUGCUGGGAAGUGCAAAGCUUCUAUUCUGUUGAAUGAAAGAGAAUAAAAUAUA